GUGGAAUCUGUGAAUCUAGGUUAUCGGGGUCUCUAGAGCCCAACUAUCCGGAAAAAUGGCUCUCUCGGAACUAGAACAGAAGAAACGAAGAACGAGAAAUGAUUAUACAUAUCAGCUGGAGUACCGAACGCGCUGGUCGGAUAAUGAUAUGUACGGUCAUAUGAACAACAGUAUAUAUGCUUUCCUCUUCGACUCCAUCAUCAACACGUAUUUAAUAGAAAAUUGUGGCCUGAAUCCCUUCUCUUCGCGGUCUUCUUCAGAGCAGCCACCAGAUGAACAGUUAGCCAGACAGGGGAAACUCCAACGUUCACCUCAGAUUGGUCUUGUCGUUUCGUCUUUUUGCGACUUCUUUGCCUCCGUGUCAUUCCCGGACGUGCUGGAACUAGGUUUGCGAGUGACCAAGCUGGGGAAGUCCAGCGUGACGUAUGAGGUCGGUGUGUUUCGGAAAGGAGAGGAGCCAGUCAAGGUGGUUGGUGGGUUCACACACGUUUUUGUCGAUAAGGGUACUAUGAAGCCUACGAGUGAUGGAAUGGUCCCAGCUAUUCGAAAGGGCUUGGAGAGACUGGCUCUGAAGAACAACCCGGGGUCAAAACUCUGAUAAGGCCAACGCAUAUCCACAUUAUAUGGCUCAAAGGGGGCUGUUAUUUGCAACUUUUAAAGGGAUUAUGGUACUCAAUCGACCAAUAUACGCCCUCCUUCUAUCUGGAUAACCGGUUUCUCGCUGGUGUCGCCAAAUCGCAGCAGACCUCGCGGUGCCAAACCGAUUGGCAGUCGACCAGGGAUCGACCUGGUAUGAGCUCCUAUAGGAUUUCAAGGCCCGCCGCCCUCACCAUCAUCACAAUGAAGUGCGGUAUUAUUCCGCCCUACAACGUUGUCCUUUCUAUUAAGACGUUGAGAGCACUCUACUGGUUCAAGCUCCAAUGGGGGAGCGAGGUAGGGCGCAGGAAACAAGUUGGUCCUUACGUCUACCUUGCUUCUCCAGAUCCGCCUUGCCUAAUACUAGAGGAUUCAAAUGAUUGAGGAUUGGGCUCAGCUUCGCAAAAUUAUUUCAUUGCUACUUUGAUUUGAGACGGUCAAAAAUGGCCUCUAAUUUUUUUUCUUCCGAUCAAGAUGUAGAUGGGAACUGGGGUGAUAUCACGCCAAAAUCCCAAUACAAUCAGAUUUUAAAUCCCCUUCCUAAC